AUGCCGCCUUUCGCCUGCCCUGAAUCUUCCACCAUUCAGCUUCACUGGGGGAACCCAGGUUCGAAUAUUAUCAACUUCCUCCGCACUAAGCAUAACUUGCAUCCUGGCCUUUGUGGUCUCCUCCAUUUCAUGAGCAGGAAGGUGUGUGUCCUUCUUGUUACCGCAUCUUGGAUCUGGGGCCUUCUAGACUCAGCCAUUCACACUGUACUGGCCACUCAUUUGGACUUCUAUGGGGCCAAUUAGAUUCACCACAUCUUCUGCGAUGUCCCACCACUUCUGAAAAUUGCCUGCAGCGACACGUAUGUCAACGAGAUGGUCCUUCACACAGCUAAUGUUUUUGUGGGGAUGACCCCUUCUUUAAUUGUUGUCGUCUCAUACAUCUUCAUCCCGUCUGCCAUCUUCCAAAUUCGUUCUAACACCAGCAGGCACAAGGCCUUCUCCACCUGUGCCUCCCACUUGAUCGUGGUCAUCAUCUACUUUGGGAUGGCAAACUUGAACUACAACCGCCCCAAAGCUGGCUACUCCUUGGAGAUCGACACCUUGAUCUCCACACUUUAUUGUAUCAUCACUCCUACGUUGAACCCCCUCAUCUACAGCCUCCGUAACAAGGAUGUGAAGGGAGCCCUGUGGAAGGUUCUGGGCAAAUAG